CAAAUUAUGAAAUUGAUAAUUCAAAUAGUAUGAUUCUCUUAAUACAGUAACAAUUUUAUAAAGUACAAUAUUGGCAUUGUCUUCAACUGUGUUGUACAGAAGAUUUCACGAUGAACGUUUGUAUAGAAAACGCAAACCAGAAAAUUCAGGUUUGGUGCAAGUGCUUUCCUGCAAGAUCGAUUGUGCUUGUGAUGAAUUUCUUUGCCACAUUCUGCUUGUAUGUCUUACGAAUGAACUUGAGCGCAGCCAUCGUUGGCAUGGUCGACUACGAAAAGCUGAACGCUAUUAGGAGGAACUUCCAGUCCAAUUUGAGUUUACAAAAUGAAAGUCGGCUGCAGAAUGAAUCUCUACAAUUCACGUAUUCAACAUGUGAACAUGCUUAUUAUGAUGAUAAAGAAGAUAUCAAAACGUCAGCUGUAGUAGAAGGUAAAAAGUUUUUAUGGGAUGAAAAUAUGCAAGGAUUGGCAUUGGGAGCUUAUUUCUAUGGAUACGUAUGUUCACAGGUCAUUGGAUCAUGGAUUGCGCGAAAAGUUGGACGAGUUAAAGUGAUGGGAUUUUCAGUUCUUGCUGCAUCGUUGUGUACAAUUCUCACACCAGCAGCUCUUGAGAUAGGAUUUGAGAUGUUUGUAAUAGCGAGAAUUGCUAUUGGUUUAUUCUCGGGAGUUAUUUACCCAUUGGUGUAUGCGAUGUGGACAAUGUGGGCGCCGCCAGCUGAAAGAGGCAUGCUGAUGGGACUCAAUUUUUCGGGGGCAGCAAUCGGUGUAAUAGCAACUUUACCAAUUUCUGGCUGGUUGACGACAACCUUCGGUUGGCAGUCGGCGUUUUAUGUAACAGGUUCAAUUGGGUGCGUAUGGUCUCUUUUGUGGUUGAUCCUGAUAUACGAUUCUCCCUCAGAACAUCCGAGAAUUUCAGAAAAAGAGAAGAAUUUUAUACAGAACGCACUUGGACAUAAUAGAGACGGCAAAGCAAAGAGAGAGCGAUCGAGACCGGUGCCGUGGAAGUCAAUUUUUGGGUCGUUUCGCAUAUGGGUCGCAUUUUCUGUAUUCUUUUGCUCAGAUGUUCUUCUGUUCGUGUUCUUGACAUUACUUCCUACAUAUCUCAGAACUGUCAUGAAGUUCGACAUUACAGCGAGCGCAGGAUUGAGUGCAAUUCCUUACAUUGCAAAGUUCGUUCUCUACAUAUGUGCAGGAUUUUGUGCAAAGCGACUGAUUUCAAUGGGAGUGAAAGUCAUCUAUGUUCGAAAACUAUUUCAGUCGUUAGGUAUGUUUAUUCCUGGACUCGCAUUGAUCCUCGCGGCCUAUGUAAAAUGCAGCAUUCCACUCGUCAUGCUGGCUUUCACCUUGUGCGUUGGGAUGGAAGCGGUCACUACUCCUGGUAUCAAAGUUACAAUAAUUGAAAUGGCGCCAUCUUUUGGAGGAAUAAUUUUUUCAGUUGCAAACACAAUUUCAUCGACUUCAGGUUUCAUUGCACCGCAAAUAGCAGGCCUAUUACGAACAGCUUACCAAGACGAUCCGAUACAAGGAUGGAGAGCAUUGUUCUGGUUAUCAACAGCGAUAAUCUUCUUGGGCGGAAUUUCAUUUCUGCUAUUCGGCACCGUAGAAGUUCAGGAAUGGGCAAAGUCAAAAGAUGAAGAAGAGAACGCCUCAGAAAAAAAUGAAAACGAAAAGUUGGAUACUGAACCCGUCGUCUAACUUAAAAAAAUCAACUGAAAUACACCACAAUACAAAUUUUUGAUUUAUAAUGAAUAUUCAUCAGAAAAUUGUUGGCGAAGAAAUAAAUUAAUUUGAUAACUGUCAAAGUAAAGAAACUUUGUAUUUCUCGAUAUUUAUGUUUAUUGGUACUAUUUAUUAAAAUUAUAGGCAACAGCAUCAAUUUA